UCCACACGUCAACAGUCUGAAUACCUGAAAGUGAAAAGAAAUGAGUGUUUCCUGCGCAAAUGCUUUACCAAAGACCAGUGGCUGCUCACAAUAGGACGUGCUGUCAUUGGCUGUGUGUGUCCUGCUUUUCAGCUGCCAUAUCUGACAUAUAUUAGUCUUCACUCUCUCCUGUCAUCAGUCACUCCCCUGCACUGAUGUCUGCUUGCCCCUCUGGUUUCUCCUCAGCCUGUACACCGACAGUGAGACAUAUGAGACACAUCCAGGCACUGGGCUGUGUGCACCUCUGGAAAAACAAGUGAUGAUCCUUCAUCAAAAACACUGAAGGUUGAUUAGAGGCAGCUAAGAUCCUUACAAUGGCUGAGUCAACAGAGGUUCGAACAGAUGGCAAUUCUCUGCUGAAGGCUGUCUAUUUGAGUCGUCUGCGUCUGACUCGACUGCUCUUGGAGGGAGGGGCCUACAUAAAUGAGAGUAAUGAACACGGCGAGACACCACUUAUGGUGGCUUGCAAGACACACCAUACAGAUUCACAGAGUGUACCCAAACUUAAGAUGAUUCGGUAUCUUCUGGAAAAUGGUGCUGAUCCAAACAUCCAAGACAAGACGGGGAAAACAGCUCUGAUGCAUGCAUGCCUUGAACAAGCUGGAGCUGAAAUUCUGUCACUCCUGUUGAGCAGUGGAGCGGCUCCAACUCUGGAGGAUCAUGCAGGUUUUUCAGCAUUGGUUUAUGCUGUCAAUUCAGGCAACAGGGAGGUCCUCAGGGUCCUCCUGGAUGCUUGUAAAGCGAAGGGUAAGGAGGUUAUCAUCAUCACCACCAACAAACUGCCAUCCGGCCAUCAUAUGUCGAAGCAGUACCUCAAUGUGCCUCCACCUCCUGACCUUGAGGAGUGUUUACAUUAUACCCCAACAUCUUGUUGCAUGUCUCCAUAUGAGGUCCAGCUACGAAUUGCUCCACAAGCCUCCUCAGCAAGUGCUUCUCCUCAACCUGGUAGCCCUCAUCUUGAGUGUUUAGGCUCAGGGCCUGGUAUAGUCACAUCUCGAGCAAGUUCUCCAAUACAACAUUCUAGUCCUUUGCUUAUUCCUGGUGUGGAUAAGCGACUUAAUCUCCAGAAGCUACACUCCGAGCAGUGGUCCAAAAGUCCUUCCCUGCUGCUCCAGCAGAGCCAGGCCUCCUCUCUGACAGAGGAGCCAAUGGAAAUUACACCUGAGGAGGAGUUGUCUUUCAGAGUCAAUAACUCUGCCUUCCAGAGAAGACCUCCAGCUGUUUCACGCCACCAUAGCAUUGAUGUCAAAAACACAACAGGGCUUCUGAAAGCACUAGAGAACAUGUUAGGAAAUGAGAAUAGGUGGGGGGGUGGAAAAAGAUGCUUUGGUAGAAAAAUGUCAUAUGAUAGUGCUGCAAGUUCACCACAUUCUGCUUCCCACCCAAACUUGCAUCAAGUCAGUCUCCCCUUUCCCAGUGAACCCAGUCCUGUGGAUGGAGAUUCUUCUGACUGUCUCAGACAACUGCAAGUUUCCAGUCUGCAAAAUGUAGUCUGUCGGCGGAACAUUGGCAUUGACCACUACAAUUCUGACUCUCAGUUACCACAGUUUAAUAUCCGAGACAAUAGCUCAAAGAAUGGUGGCGGAGCUGGAGCAGGACCAGAAAAGCACAAGCUAGUCAACAGCAGAUCCUCCACUCUAUCAGGAUCCAGAGAGUCCCUGGAGAGCUCUGUCCAGAGACGAGGCGCCGCCGGUCUGGAGCGAAGAGGCUCAGGGGCCCUUCUUCUGGAUCACAUUGCCCACACUCGCCCUGGCUACCUGCCUCCUCUGAAUCCCCAUGCUCCUAUACCAGAUAUCGGGGUCAGUUCUAGCUUUUCCUACCCUUUGAGUGGAAAUAGUAAGACACUGAAUGGUACAGGAUCAAAGCCUAUUCCACCCUGUGCUGCUGUUUUCCAGAGGGACCUAAAACCUAAGAAAAUGCUGUGGAGACGCCACUCAAUGCAGAGUGAGCAGAUAAACCAGUUGGUCAACUUCAAGGAAACUUUUGGCAACUAGAAUAAACAUUGUAUCAUGAGAAAAUGCAUGGACCAUCAUAUACCUAUGAUACUAUUGCUGAUGCCAGCUCAUGUGCACUUUAGCCUGAGCCUACAAUGAUGUACUGUUUUUAGACUUCUCAUUACAGAAUUUCAUGUCGUCAUACUAGCCACAGGGACAGUUUGAGCUUGUGAUGAAACAAUAAUAAACGUAAAGAAUACAAAAUGUAACUUUAGUGUGGAACUUUAGCACAUUUUGGCAUUAUGGUUACCUGAGGAAUUGAAAAAAUGUCUUUACAUACUCUAGCACUUUCCCAGAAGAGCUAUAUGGUUUGACUAAAAGAAUCUUGACACAAGGUCCAAUUUAUUUUAUUAUUUCUAAAGCUUUCAACAUCUUGUUUACUUCCUCCUGGAUUUUCUUAGUUGUCAUGGAGAUGGUUUCCAUUUAAUCAUUCCAUGACCUAAGUUGGGACGUCACAUGGUCUCUGGCAUUGGAUCUGAAUGUCCUCCUUGAUCUUUCUCCUGCCGUCCACUGACUUCUGAUCGAUUCCUUUCCAAACGAUGCUGUGACAGUUUUGGUCUGGUGCUCAGGUUCUGGUUUCACUGAUGUAGUGUUCCCCACAGCUUUCACAUAUAAUAUCAUCUUUUCUAGUGCUUGUGUAUACCUGACUGCAGAAAAAUGAUGUCUGUUCUUUUUGUACAAGAUGAAUGUUUUGUAUAUAGCCCCUGAUAAAUAAAAGUAACAAA